GCAUAAACUCAAAAGGGGCAGCGGGUUUUCUGCAUUUUCGUACCAGCACGUAGACUUCAAGAUGCCUCUCGAGCUGUUUCUUGACCUGUAUUCCCAGCCGUGUCGAUCCGUAUACAUAUUCGCUAAAAUAAAUAAAAUACCCUUUGAAUUCAGGAAAGUCGACCUCGCCGCAGGUGAACAGUAUGGAGAGGAGUUUGGGAAGAUCAGCGUUUUGAGGAAGGUCCCAGUUAUGCGAGAUGGAGACUUCAUCUUAACAGAGAGUGUGGCAAUCCUGCAGUACAUGGUUCAGAUGUUCAGUACCCCAGACCACUGGUACCCUGCUGAUGUGCAGAAGCAAGCCCGGGUGAAUGAGUACUUCUCCUGGCAGCACACAGCCAUUCGUAGCCACGCUUCUAAGGUCUUCUGGUUCAGAUGCAUGGUUCCCAUCCUUACUGGUGCAGAAGUACCCAAGGAAAAGAUGGAUUCGGCACUGGAGGACCUUAGCUCAACCCUGAACAUUUUCGAGAAAAAGUUCCUCCGGGACCAACACUUCAUUAUUGGAGAUCGGAUUUCAUUGGCUGACCUAGUGGCCAUUACAGAGAUGAUGCAGCCUGUGGGUGCAGGCCUGGAUGUUUUCAAGGACAGACCCAGACUGAGCGCUUGGAGGGACCGUGUGAAGCAGGAGCUGGGGGUGGCUGCGUUCCACGAGGCCCAUGAGGUCAUCAUGAAUGCGGCCAGCCUGCCACAGACGAUAGAGAACAAGGGAAUGCUGGAGUUCCUCAAACCGCGGCUCCAGAAGCUGUUCAACUGACAGCUGACUGCAUUUCUCUCUGCUUGUAUAGGUCAGGGUUGUUAUCGCUAACAAAAACUAAAAUUCAAACUAGAAUAAAAAACCAUAACCAAAUGAAAAUUAUAAAUGUUGUUUCUGAAUCUGAAAUAAACAUUAAAUACUU